GGACGGGUGGUUCGAGAAUUGAGACUGAAGUCAUGGUGCUCCCCCGUUCCUAACACCAUUCUGUCGUUUUUGCGUGUGUGCAAGCCUGUCUACGAUGCGGACCACCUCUUCGGCUCUAUGGGCUGCUGCCCUUGGCCUGUUGUCGAUUGCUUCGGCCCAAGAUGAGCUUCCCAAGCGCCCUAAGGUUGAGCCUGCUCCCUUCAACACCGGAAAGGCCAUGCCAUUUUCACCUCCCAGAGACAAAGAUCGCUUUUGCUACAUCAAGCCGAGCUGCACCGAGGGCAAGGACGACGCACCCAAGAUCCUCAAAGCUUUCCAGGAGUGCAAUGACGGCGGAACAGUUGUGUUCGACAAGACUUACCUCAUCAGCUCUCCGUUAGACCUCACCUUCCUGAAGCACAUCGACGUAGUAAUCACCGGCGACAUCCAGUUCAACGAUGAUCCCCUCUACUGGGCCGAAAACAGUUUCAAGUUCGCUUUCCAGAACCAGUCAGUCUUCUGGAAGUUUGGCGGCGAGGAUAUCAACAUCUAUGGUGAUCUUGGGAACGAUAAGUCUGUCAUUGACGGUCGCGGUCAGGCAUAUUGGGAGGCCAUUCAGACCAACAGCAGCCUCUUGAGGCCCAUGUUGUUCUCUUUCGACGGAGCUAAGGGGGCGACAAUGUCACACCUUCGGAUGCGCAAUCCUCCCAAUUGGUUCAACUUGAUUGCGAACAGCACCGAUGUCAUCAUCAGUGACAUGGAUCUCAAAGCUCAGAGUCAAAAUGGUGUCAAGAUUGCCAAUUCCGAUGGCUGGGACACUUAUCGAUCCGAUCGCAUUGUAAUCCAGAACUCAGUCAUUAUCAACACAGACGACUGUGUGUCAUUCAAGCCAAAUAGCACCAAUGUUGUCGUCCAAAACCUGGACUGCACUGGCUCCCACGGCAUGAGUGUUGGCUCCCUGGGACAGUACAAGGGCGAGACCGAUAUCGUCGAGAACCUCUAUAUCUACAACACAACCAUGGCCAACGCUAGCGAUGCCGCUCGCAUCAAAGUCUGGCCUGGUAUUGAGACUGCGUUCCAGACGCUUCUGAAUGGUGGAGGUGGUCUCGGACGUGUCAGAAACGUGACGUAUGACCUUUUCAAGAACAUUAACAACGACCGGGCCAUCACCAUCACGCAGUGCUACGGGCAGAAGAACCAGACACUCUGCGAAGAGUUCCCGGCCAACCUUACAAUUACCGACAUCACUCUCAAGAACAUAUAUGGUACGGUCUCAACCAAGCUAGACCCGCAAGCCGGAAGCCUUGUUUGCAGUGCCGCAGACCGGUGCAGCAAUAUCCACGCGGAGAACGUCACCGUCACAGUGCCAAGUGGAAAGCCGCCUGUGUACGAGUGCAAGAAUCUGGACAAUAAGUUACUCCAGAUUAACUGCACGACCGGGGCGGAUGGAGAUCGGGAUACUUCCAACGGAUAGAUAAAGUAGAAUUCUGUCAGAAUUCACUACUUUCAACCGUCACGCGUGUGCCACUGCAGCCACACAUAUCCCAACAAGUUUUGUUUCAUCUAUCAGAUCAUACAAAUAACAAUGCUCUAGCUUCUAGUGAGGUUACUUGACAAGCAAAGUUGAGGAGUUCAGUCAACCUUACCAGGUGUAGUUACCGGCGUCAUAGCCUCCGUCCUCAGUGUGAUCCUCGUCGCCAUGCCAGCGGCCAUUAUAGAUCUCGUAGCCCUCGUCAUAGUGAAUAUCACCAUCUUGCCAGCGGCUACCAUAGCCCGGGGUGAUGUCAAAUUCUUC